AUGGCAACUCCAUGUUCUAAUUUUAAGAAUACGUAUUAUGACAUUUAUAAAAUCAAUCACUAUUUUUGGGAGAAUGAUAAAGGUCAAUUAGUAGCUAAUACAAAAUGCAAAGAUUUAAUCCACAAAUAUUGUCAUUACGGGAAUCACUCAGGAAAUGAUAAUUGUCGUGAUUAUUUAGAAAUGACUAGUUCUAGUGUUAUUUAUUUGCUAAAACAUUUAAAGGAUAAGUAUAAAUUAGAAUAUGAUAAACUUGCCGAAUACGCUAUUUUAUGGUUAAGUUACAAACUAAAUAAAAGUAAAAAAAAUACAUUCAAAAAUCUAAAUGAAUUUUAUACUAAAUAUAUUGAAAAAAAUAUGUGUUAUGAUAAGAAAAUAACAAAUAAUGAUAGUAUGACUUAUAAGGAAAUUAUAAAUACAAAAAAAGAUUUGAUGGAUAUGAAUAUUAAAGAAAUAUCUAAAUUUAAUCUCCCAUUUAAUAUAUUAUUUUAUUUGUAUUAUGCAAUUCAUGAUGAAUAUUGGGAUUACACAGAAUAUCCGAAGUAUGCUAUAAAUUUUGCUAAUAAAUUUGAAGAACUCAGUAAAAAUUCUAAUAAUAUAGAAAACAGUUCAUAUAAUAAUUUAUUAUCUACAUUAUCAAAUGAUUAUAAUAAUUUAAAAAAUAUAUGUAAUCAUGGUAGAUGUACCAAUUUUCCAUCUCUUCCAAAAAUAGAACCUAAAAAAAAUUCUGUAGAAGAUCCUGUAGACAUUUCUGAAAAUCUUUCUGCAGUAAGUACUGAAGCUACAUCAUCAAGCUCGUCGAUAUUAAACACAGUAAUUCCAGGUUUAUCGACAUUUUCUGUAAUACCAGUUUUCUUGGGAGUUGCUUAUAAGUAUUCAUUAUUUGGAAUUGAUAAACUAUUUCAAAGACAAUAUUUAAGAAAAAAUUUUAAAAAAAUAAAGAAGAAAAUGAAGCUUAAUAUAUGA